AUGGCAGAUGAUAAAAUGAAUUUCCCGGACGUCGGCGAAGCUCUUAAGGCUAAAGCAGUGGAAGAGUACACCAAGUACUGGAACGCAAUGCGCUACGUCGACUAG